AUGUCUUCAAUCUACGUGGACGAGGACAAGGGCUCAGACGAGACUGGAAAAGGCACCCAGGAGCAGCCUUACCAGUCGCUUGCCUACGCGAUCUUUACCCACAGCACGACCACAAUUCUAAUCCGCAAAGAUCCUGCAGGCGCGUUCGAGGAGCCGACGCAGUCCGCGCUGAAGAAGGCGAAAAAGGGUGCAGACGGUCUCGAGAAGAAGCGCAAGAAAGCUGAGGAGCUCGCAGAGCGCGAGGCGAAGGAGAAGUCGGAGGAGCGCGAGCGGAGGCAAAGGCUGCUCGAGGAGAGCAAGAAGAUCGUGCUCACGGAGGAUCCGAGCUUGCCCAGGGCCAUAAAGGCCAAAAUCGGGAACCUCGCGCCGCUGCGAUCGAAGCGGGUCCGCACGUCUGGCUGGGUACAUCGCCUGCGCGAUCAGAACAAGAUCAUUUUCGUUGUCCUGCGAGAUGGCACGGGAUAUCUUCAAUGCGUGCUCUCGGGACAGGUGGCCCAAACGUAUGAAGCACUAACACUGACCUUAGAAUCGACCGUGGAGUUGGUUGGGACUCUCCAGGAAGUCCCUGAAGGCAAGACAGCCCCCGGUGGGCAUGAACUGAUUGUAGAUUACUGGAGAGUCCUGGGGGCCUCUCCCGGAGGAGAGGAUGCGUUCACGAACCGUCUGAACGAGAAAUCAGAUCCUUCUAUCCAGGCCGAUCUGCGGCAUCUCGUCGUCCGCGGCGAGACCGCCUCUGCGGUGCUGAAGCUGCGGGCUGCACUGCUGAGCUCAUUCCGGUCGUCGCUUGUCGCACGCGAUCUGCUGGAAGUGACACCCCCAUGUAUGGUACAGACUCAAGUAGAAGGCGGCGCGACUCUGUUCAAGUUCGACUACUACGGCCAGCCUGCUUUCCUCACGCAGAGCUCACAGUUGUAUCUGGAGACAUGUCUGCCGUCGCUCGGGGACGUAUUCUGUGUGCAGGAGAGUUUCCGUGCUGAAAACAGUCACACACGCCGUCACCUGAGCGAAUAUACCCACUUGGAAGCGGAGCUGGCGUUCAUCACGUUCGAUGAUUUGAUGGAUCACAUCGAAGGAGUGAUCUGCGAUACAGUCGAUCGCCUGCUCGAAAACCCGUCGAGCGCCGCACUCAUCAAGCAGCUGAACCCGAACUUUACUGCUCCCGCGCGGCCAUUCCGCCGCCUCUCGUACGUCGAUGCGAUCAAGUGGCUCAACGAGCACGGCAUCCAACAUGAAGCCGAGGAUGCGGACGGGAACGUGAUCAAGGACGAAAGUGGGAACGCCAAGAUGGUCGACCACGCUGUGGGGGACGACAUCGCGGAGGCCGCAGAGCGCAGGAUGACAGACAUCCUCGGGACGCCUGUGUUCCUGUACGGGUUCCCGGCAGAGCUGAAGGCGUUCUACAUGAAGAAGAUGAAGCGUGAGGGCGAGGAAGGGCCCGUUUGCACGGAGAGCUGUGACUUGCUGAUGCCAGGCGUUGGCGAGAUUGUCGGUGGAUCGAUGAGGAUAUCAGAUAUGGACGAGUUGCUCGCUGCGUACAAGCGAGAAGGGAUCGACCCCGCGCCAUACUACUGGUUCACAGACCAGCGCAAAUACGGCACCAGCGAGCAUGGAGGCUACGGCUUGGGCGUAGAGCGUUUCUUGGCAUGGCUCGCCAACCGGUACACCGUCCGCGAAUGUUCCUUAUAUCCUAGAUGGCCUGGUAGGGCCACGCCUUGAGUAUGUCAGUGAGAUAGUGAUGAGGUGGAGCGUGCCGCAGUCAUAACGUUGCAUAGUGUUGUCGUAACUGAUCUCAUCAUCUGCAUAUCGAUUGUAUCCUUGUCUUGCCAGGACUCAAACCGGCGAGUCAUAUCGCACAACAGUCAUAUAUAAGAUAUAGGUGCUGAUAUACCGUUAUGCU